GAAUGACCCAUCACCACCAUCUUUUUGUCACAUUCCUCGACUAGACCUUGCUCUCGAACGUGUUUCCUCGAUCUCUUUCUCUAGACCAAGCCGUGGGUAGUCCCUCAGCCUUUUAGGGAUGGCGGAUACGUCGGGAAACACUUUGAUCUCGACUAGACCAUCCGAGACUGGUCUCUCGGUCUCUCUCCAUCCUCUCGUCCUCCUCACGAUCUCCGACCAUGUAACAAGGCAUUCUGUAAGAAGACAAUCUGGUCCAGUGGCCGGUGCGCUCCUUGGCCAGCAAAAGGGACGAGAGAUCACUGUCGAACAUGCCUUUUCUACUGUGUUAGUCCAGGACAAUCAAGAGCACUGGACAUUUGAUGUCUCAUGGAUGGAGACAAGAAUCCAGCAAUAUCGCGAUGUCCACAAAGCUCCGGCCCUCGACUUUGUUGGCUGGUACACCCUGUGUCCUGAAUCAGGCCCAUCAGUCGCUCAAAUCCCGCUACAAAAGCAAGCCAUCACGUUCUACAGUGACAGCGCGAUCCUACUUGUCUUACAUCCCGAGGGGCUGAGCUCCACCAACUCCACAAAUGGCCGUCUUCCUGUCUCUAUAUACGAGAGCAUUCAAGAAUUAGACUCGCACAAUGAUGAUGCCUCAAUGCAGGUCGAUGGUCAGGAGUCGGCCUCCUCGCUGAAAUUCCGUCCGCUGUCAUACUCAGUCGACACUGAUGAGACGGAAAUGAUUGCUAUAGACUACGUUGCUAAAGGAGCCGGGAGCGCCGCCGCCAUACCCGAAUCUUCCUUACCCUCAGAUCCAGCAUCAUCCAUCAACCCUGAUAUUUCAAAGGGUAAAUCCAGGAUCACGUCCACAUCUACGAAUGGCACCAGCGUCGACCCAUCAAGCGAGACGUCAGUGAUACUUACGACCGAGGAACAAGACGCUAUUGCCAACAUUACCACUCGUCUUAAUUCGGUCAAAAUGCUCCAGUCACGCAUCGCCCUUCUUCGCCAGUUCAUUCAGUCACUGCCUCCCUCGUAUCUUUCUGACCAAACCUGCUCAGCAAGCCCUGACCCCGCUCAUCUUCCUCAUCUCCGCAGCAUCCAAGCUCUUCUGACACGUCUGUCUCUUUUGACCCCCAGCGACGACUCGACAUCCUCGACCACGGUCUCCGCUCUAGCCACGGCAGCCCAAUCCCAAUCAAACGAUGUAUCUCUUUCUCACCUGCUCAAUCUCCUGAGUCAAGACGUUCAAGCCCUUAGCGAACUUGGUCGAACAUUCCACACCGUCUACCAAAGCCAAAACAGCAAGGCAGCCAAGAACCUGCGGGACUCGGCGGGAGGUCCUGGAGCUGGGGGCACAGUGGGGCCUACUGGGGGGAGUUCUCGAGGCGGGAAUGCAAACGGCAAAGGAGGUUCAAGCGGAAGGGGUGGCUUUGGCGGCUUGGAAGACAGUGAUGGCUCGUUUGGAGGGCUUGCUUCGAUAGGAGCUGGACCAUCUUCUUCGAGUGGCCGGGGCGCUGUCGGAUCCAAUUCGUUGCAGGUUUAGGUGACGAGGCUAUGCAAUUGGCACGGAGACGAGGGCGGCGAAACGCUCUAAAGGCUUUCUCUGCAGCGUGCAUUCGUACCCUCACUUAUUGCAUGCGUGAAGUUGCAAUAGAGCCUGUCGUGGCGGAGAUAUCUCUGGAGGUGCUUACGAUUGAAUGAAAGGAUACGUGAUCAGACGUCGUAGUUCUGAUCUGGGGCUUUGGCAGGUCAAUCCGGUCAACAUGAAAGAGGUUUUAACGAAGGUUGACAUGAUACGGCGACAGCGAGGAUGAAGCAUAGCGUCGGCGUCACAUGGCUUAGGGCAUCAGACUAAAAGCAAGGAGCGCUUGGUAGACAAAUCUAUGACCUGUACAAAUCUGA